CAUUAGCAAAAUCAUAUUAGUGGAAUACAUAGUUAUGUUAUUUGGUAUGGUGAAGUCUCUGUUCGUUCCAUAAUUGAUAUAUUGCCUGUGGUGGGAAGAUUGUUUUGGGAAGAACAGAGAAAAUAAUUUCAAACGAAAAAAAAAAAGGAUCAUAAUGACACUGUCAAAUAAAACAAUAUUAUCCUACUGUGCUUGCGUAACUGGAUUUUCUCUAAUAGCGACAGCUUAUUCAUUUUACUAUAUCAAAGUUUUUAUGAACCUAUAUCACAUUGAAGAAAAAUGGUUUCACGGCGCCCAGAUCCUAUAUUUAAUCUGGAAUGCUGUGAAUGAUCCCCUGUUUGCUUAUAUUCAGGACAGCACAAAUUUCAAGUUUACGAAGACGAGACGAGAAAGCAUUAUGUAUUCAGGACCAUUGUUUGCGAUUUCAUUUUUGCUGCCAUGGAUACAGUGGGGAGAUAACUCUUUUAUAGUUGGAAUUCACCUUAUUGUUUCGUUAUUUAUUUGGGAUACGCUUUUCACGUUCGUAGGCCUAGCUCAAUGUGCCUUGUCGACGGAACUGUCCACCAAUUUAUCGGAUAGAAUAACAUUAACUCGAUAUGGUUCCGUUGGGUCGCUCCUUGGUGCCAGCAGUGUCAUGGUCUUGGAGUAUACGUCCGAUAGCUUGCAUAAUUUUAGAGCUUUUCAAACGACUGCUGCUAUUCUAACUAUAUGUAGCUGUACACUAUUUUGGUAUGCAGGACGCAAUGCCCAUACUGUAUAUGAUGUUAAACAAAUGUCGACGACAGAAGAGGAGGAUAAUGGCGACAUUUCUCACAAUAAAACAACAAAAGAAUCUUACUGGAGACAAACAAUGCAGAUUUUAUCAGACAGAAAUUUUAUUUCAUUUGUAGUUGCAAACUUCUGUCAAGAAUUUCAUCGAGCUUUUCUUAGUAACUUCAUGGCUAUCUUAGGCGAUCAUUUAAUUUCUGAUCAAGAUAUAUCAAGAAACGGGAGGAAGUUGUUUUAUGGUGCCGUCACAAUAAUGCCACAACUAUUGGUUAUUUUUGGAACUCCAAUGAUAGAAAGAUUCUCAUACUUCAGUGCAAUACGGAUCAGCCAUAUUUACAAAAUCGUGGCAGCUAUUGUUAUGCUUUGUAUAGGACAAGAUCAUCCAUGGUGCUUAAUUACGUUUCUUAUGUUAGAUAGUUGUUUUGCGAAUGCUUCAUACUCGUUGCUUUGUCUACCGUUGUCUGACAUAGCUGAUGCCAACAUGAUGAAAUAUAAUAGAAAACAUCCAAUAUCUUCAAUGAUUUUUGGAACAAAUGCCUUGAUAGUUAAACCAGCAAUAUCUCUCUCUCCAAUGUUGGUAGUCGCCAUUUUGAAUAACCACGGGUAUAGCCAACUAAAAGAUAACGUAGCAGACGAUGUUGAUCUGCAGACGUCUCGUGAACUGAAACAUGCAAUGUUUAUGUUAAUAUGCUUUUAUCCAAUGGUUAUUGGUAUCAUACAAUUUAUUUCAUGGUCAAGAUACUCUGUACGAAAAAGAUCGAAACAUAUUUUAAUUGAUUUAUAA